CGGAGCCCCCGAGCCCGGCGAUGCGGAGCGGGGCAUGGCGGCCCCGCCGCUCUGCCUGCGCCUGCUGGCCGCCGCCUUCUACGGCCUCAGCUCCUUCCUCAUCGUCGUCGUCAACAAGAGCGUCCUCACCACCUACGGGUUCCCGUCCUCGCUGUGCGUGGGGCUGGGCCAGAUGGUGGCCACGGUGGCCGUGCUCUGGGCGGGGAAGGCGCUGCGGGUGGUCAAUUUCCCUGACCUGGACAGACACAUCCCCGAUAAGGUGAGACCCCUGCCCUGCACCCACUUGCCCCGGCCCCGGGGCUGCUCAGGGUCGCUCACACCGCCUUAUCCCUCUUCUUUCCAGACAUUUCCUCUACCUCUCCUGUAUUUCGGGAACCAGAUCACAGGACUGUUCAGCACAAAGAAACUGAACCUGCCCAUGUUCACGGUCCUGCGCAGGUUUUCCAUCCUGUUUACCAUGUUUGCCGAGGGAUUCCUGCUCAAGAAGAAGUUUUCCUGGAGCAUUCAGAUGACAGUAUUUGCUAUGAUCUUUGGUGCAUUUGUAGCUGCCAGUGCUGACUUGGCAUUCGACCUGGAGGGAUAUAUUUUUAUCCUCGUUAACGAUGCCUUAACAGCUGCAAACGGUGCCUACGUGAAACAGAAGCUGGAUUCAAAGGAGCUGGGGAAGUAUGGACUGCUCUAUUACAAUGCACUCUUCAUGAUCCUCCCCACCCUGAGCAUUGCCUACAUCACUGGAGAUGCACACAAGGCAGUGGAAUACCAGGGCUGGGCAGACACGUUCUUCGUGGUGCAGUUCACUCUCUCCUGUGUCAUGGGGUUUAUUUUGAUGUAUUCCACGGUUCUUUGCACUCAGUACAACUCUGCUCUUACAACUACAAUAGUUGGCUGCAUUAAGAAUAUUUUAAUAACCUAUAUUGGGAUGUUUUUUGGAGGAGAUUAUAUUUUUACAUGGAUGAACUUCAUUGGUCUAAAUAUCAGUAUUGCUGGAAGCCUGGUGUAUUCCUACAUCACCUUCACCGAGGAGCAGCUGAACAAGGAGUCGGAUGCUGGCAGCAAGAUGGAUAUUAAAGGGAAGAGCUCCGUGUGAGCAGGGAGCGGCUCUUUGUUUUUGGGAAUCCACCCAAAUCCGUUCGCUUGAUCGCGGGCAGAAGGUGGGGAGGGAUCCGCGGCGCCUGCCACGGGGAUUAAUUUGCACAGCCGAGAUUGCUGCCUUCACAAAUCCUUGGGAAGAUCCACCCGGCCUGCACGGGGAAGGGUGAGCCUAAUUGAGUCUGAUCGGGAGCAAUUAACGGGUUUCUAAUCGAGCUGGGAGUCGGCAGCCGAGGUGGGCACGGGCGGGGCUGGAAGUUGUGCUGGCAGGGAUGUGCCGGGGGUGGCCCUGGCUGGAUUUGCUCCAUGGGAUCCGUGGAUCUGCUGAUCCCAGCUUGGCUGGGAGGCUGGGGCUGGCUCCGUGCCCAGCUGCUCCCUCUGGAAGGACGGGAAUGCCGAGGGCCUUGGCCAGCGUUCCCUGGAAGCUGCUCCAAAACCUCCUGGAUGAAUGUUCGGCGCUCUCUGGACUUAAUUUUUUAGCUGUUUUCUGUUUAUUUUCAGUUUGUUUGGGCCAUUAACCCACUUUCGAGCCCUGCUGGGUUUAUCAGAGCCUUGCAUUCACCUCUGUCUUUCCGAGGCUUGGAGACAUUCCCAGCAGGAAGGGUUUUCCAGCUGCUGCUGAGCUCUGCAGCCUCCCCUGACACCAAGCUUGGCUUUGAGAAAGCUGCUGGGAUCACAGGAGAGCUGAGCUUGUCCCACCUGGAACAGCACAUCCAGGGAAUCUGCAAUAACUCCAGCUCCCACCCCUGGAAGAGGCACAAGGACUUAAAUCUUCUUUUUUGGCAAGUACAGGGAGCCCCAUAAUUCUUGUUUUCCAUGGAAUUAAUCGCCCUGAAAGACCCACUAAAGGAAUGGGAAUUGUCGUACAUUGGGCAGUGUUCAGUGAUUUUUAAAGCUUGUUUUACCCAGCACUCCUUUCCAGGGCUUGUCUUUUGGGUUAAAAAGAAUUGUUUUUAAGCUUGGUUAAAAAACUUUUAGUAAAAUAAUGUAUUUAGGGAUUUUUUGGUACCCUACCAACUUCUCUAGACACUGGCAGCGGGGUUUUUUAGGAACUACUUGCUUCAGCUGGAACUGCUCUUGGACAAAGCUGCAUUUGAUGGGAUUUAUUGGAAGUUUGUGGAUGGGGAAGAGAUUUUCUGUGAGGGUGCAGCUGCAGCCUGGCUGCUGGGCAAGGUGUGGAGCUGCUGCCUGCUGCAGCAUCCCGCUCCUGGAGCAACUCCAGAGCCACAAUUCCCCCUUUUUUUGUGGGAUUUUGUGGUCACUGCAGUGAUGAGGGGCAGGUGAGGUGUCCUGGAGCAGCCCCUCAGAGUGUUCCCCCUCAGAGCACAGUAAGAAAAAAUCCUUGAUGAUUUUGUCUCCCAAAAUUCCAGUAAAACCUCGGCUUUGUGCCAGGGGAGGGAGGGUGACAAACCAGUCCCUGCACUGGUUCCCAGUAUCCAGGUGCUGCUGGGGCCCCUCCCACCUGCUCCUGCCUCUUGCUCCAGCAUUCCCAAAUCCCUUUUUUCCCCCACGUGUGCUCCGACCCCGCCAUGCCAGGAGGUUGAUUCUGCCAGAGGGGUUUUUGUAUCAUUUUCUCUUUAGUUUUGAAUCUGCUGGUUAGAUUUGCAGUCCCAACAGGGAAGGAUUUUUAAAGCUUAUUUUGUCCUGGAUCCUAAACACUGGGAAAGCCAAGAAUUCCUCUAACAGUAUUUUCUAUGCUAUGAAUUGACUAAAAAAAAUGUUUUCUAUAGAGAAUCUAUUUACAAAAUGAGCAUUUUAGUGAUGAAAAUGUGAAUGUAUGGCAGGCUGUGGAUGUGAGAAAUGAGAGCAGAAAGGAUUUAUGUGCCUCUGUAUUUUUGUAUUUGCUUCCAAUAAACCA